UGAGUCUGAGUCGUGGAGCAGAAAAGUAUUAGCAAUUUAGCAUAGCUAAAACCAAGCAAGCAUGGGAGCAGAACAACAAGAAUACCCAAAAAAUCCCAAGUAGGCUGCUGCUCCUGCUCCUGCUCCUGCGGUAGGGUUGUGCCGUUGCCGUACAAUUUUGUCCUUUUAUUCCUCCUAAGUCCUAACUUGUGAAACCUUAAUAAGGUUACUUCCCAAACCCCAUUGUUUGCCCACCAUGGAAAAAACGCAACAAGAACAAAACUUGGGUCAAGAAGAAGAUGAAGAAGAAGAAAAAGAAGAAGAGCCAUCCCAACAAGAAGAACCAGAACCAGAAGUAGAAGAAGCAGCUCCUCCUUCUGAUGAGCAACCACCCUCCACUCAAAUCGAUGAUCCUCCUGUUCCUGCUCCCCCAUUCGAUCCCAGCCGAAUGAUUGGCAUUAUUAGAAGGAAGUCCUUGAUCAAAGAGUUAGCUGCUAUGUACCAUGCUGAGUGCCUUUCAUACUGUCAAGAGCUUUUGGAGCUUCAACGGAAAGGGGAUGAGCCACUUAUUGACCUGAAACUUCCAGAGGAUUUGAAGAAGGAUGCAAUGCGGCCCCCCAAGCGCCUAAAGAAGAACGCUAGACACUAAUAGUCUGAUAUCGUUCCUUUGCAGCUUACUCUCUCAAAUCUGCAUGGCAAAUUGGCAACUUUCCUAUGUGGUUCCCAACUUCAGUUUGUCUGUGCAACAUUGGGACAGAAAUACCUUCAUCUUGUUAACUGUGAAUGUAUUUUAAGUAAAUUUUAGAAUGAUGCAAGUGCCCUGUUAUGGAUGCACAACUAGCGAUGUGUAAAAAUUUGGUAAACCACAAGGGAGCUUGCUUUUUGCCUAGUCAUGUAGGUUUGCUUCGCUUAUGGGAUUCAUAUUAUAUGUUCUGUGCAGCUGUUGUGAUGCCCUUCGAUUGUUAAUGAUUUUGUAUUAGCACUA